GAACACAUAAUUCCAGUCAGGCAUUAUUCGGGGCAGCGCUUAAGGGGUCCUGAUUCUGCUGUGUUAGCAUUAGCGUUUAGCGAGUCUCCUUCAUCUGUCGCCGGUGCUCCGUGACCCGGUUCUGCUGCACAGGUUCGACCCGCACUCUCCGAUAUAAUGGCUGUUCCUCCAGCGUUCGCAGACCUGGGAAAGGCUGCAAAGGACAUCUUCAACAAGGGUUACGGUUUUGGGACGGUGAAGCUCGAUGUCAAAACCAAGUCUGCUAACGGAGUGGAGUUUAAAACAUGUGGCACGUCUAACAUGGACUCAAACAAGGUCAGCGGGAACCUGGAGACCAAGUAUAAAUGGGCCGAGUACGGACUGACCUUCACUGAGAAGUGGAACACGGACAACACGCUGGGCACGGAGAUCACCGUGGAGGACCAGAUCACCAAAGGACUGAAGCUGACCUUUGACACGACCUUCUCACCAAACACUGGUAAGAAGAGUGGCAAGGUGAAGACGGCCUAUAAGCGUGAAUACGUGAACGUGGGCUGUGAUGUGGAUUUCGACUUCGCCGGUCCUGCCAUCCACAGCGCGGCGGUGCUGGGAUACGAGGGCUGGCUCGCCGGAUACCAGAUGACCUUUGACUCCGCCAAGUCCAAAAUGACUCGCAGCAACUUCGCAAUCGGAUACAAAACUGAAGACUUCCAGCUGCACACUAAUGUGAAUGAUGGGACGGAGUUUGGCGGCUCCAUGUAUCAGAAAGUGAGCCCUGAUCUGGAGACGUCGGUGAAUCUGGCCUGGACCGCCGGCAACAACAGCACACGCUUCGGCAUCGCCGCCAAAUACAUGCUGGACUCCAGCUCCUCCAUUAGUGCUAAAGUGAAUAAUUCCAGCCUGGUUGGGAUCGGCUACACGCAGACCCUCAGACCAGGAGUGAAGCUGACGCUUUCCGCCCUGGUCGAUGGAAAGAACAUCAACGCUGGAGGCCACAAACUGGGUCUGGGACUCGAGCUGGAGGCGUAACGCCCGGCUGAGCGUCGCGUUUCUCACAGGAUCAUCUGGAAGGGAAGAGUCAGAAAUCUCCAGACGCAGACAGACGGCCGUCGAGUUUAAACCGAACGCUGAACCCAAACCUGCACCUCGUCUCUUAUUUAUUUGCAGCACUACUUUACUGUCAAUAUUUCUCUCCAAACCGGCGCUUUUGAUCUGUAUGUGCUUUCCUUUCCAGGCCAAUUCUGAGUAAUAUGUAACCAAAAAUGUAAAUAUUAUUAUUUACUCAUUCUCAUGUUGGUGCAAACCUUUAUUUUGAUAAACCUAAAUCUUUAUGCAGCUCAUUUCUGUACAACAACAGUGACCACGACUGUCAAACUCCAAAAACAGCACACAAUAUAUUUAUUUCGCGUACUAUAAACAAAGUCUUCUGAAACCAUACAAUAGCUUUAUGUGAGCAACAUAAAUAUACUCUGAUAAUUUUAUGACUUCAUGUCAUUUUUGGAGCUUUCACAGACUGUUUUUGUGUGGAAAAGAUUGUGUAAAAAUGUUAAAAAUAACCACAUGUGGGUUUGGAUCAACAUGAGGGUGAGCAAGUGUAAUUUUGGCCUGGACUUGUUCUGAAUGUAGAUGAUGAUUUGCACACGGAGCAUCUCCUCGUGCCGCUGCUGUUUAGUGAUGUCCGGACGCUUUUGUCAGCUGUUUGUUGUGGUAGUUCGGCUUUAUCGUCCUUUUCUCUCUGCAUUCAGGCUUUAUGGUGUUCAAAUGGGUUCUUUCGGCGUGAGAUGUUGCGGAUGUUUGACUUGACCUCUCCAGAAACACUCACACAGACAUGGAUGAUGACAAGAGGCUUUCCCUGCUGAACCGCACAAUCAUGCCCUUCUGUAUGUCGACCUUUGCAAUAAAGUCCUAAAACUGGA